AUGAUGACUUGUUCAUGCGGAAAAGCAUUUUGUAUUAAACCAACAGAUCGUUUUUAUAUAACUUUACCAAUGUAUCAUUCUUCUGCUGGAAUUUUGGCUACAGGGCAGGUUUUGACGAAAGAUUGUAAACGCUUUGACUGUACAAUUUCUCAAUAUAUUGGGGAAAUUUGUCGUUAUCUUCUUUUACAGCCUUAUAUUUCAGAGGAACGAACACACAAAAUUCGGUUAAUGUUUGGAAAUGGACUUCGGCCUCAAAUUUGGGAACAAUUUAUUGCUAGAUUUGGAAUUGAAAGAAUUGGAGAAUUUUACGGCAGCACAGAAGGAAAUUCAAAUAUAAUAAAUGUUGAUAACCAUGUUGGUGCUUGUGGUUUUAUGCCUUUAUAUAUGACUUUUGUGAGUGGUCUAUAUCCUCUUCGCUUGUUGCGGGUUGAUGAAAAUGGACAACUUUUACGUGAUGAAAAUGGAUUUUGUAUUAGAUGCAAACCUGGAGAAUCUGGAGAAAUUGGAGCCGCUGUCCAUCCAAACAAACCUUUACUUCGUUUUGAAGGUUAUGUUGAUCGUUCAGCAUCAAAAAGUAAAUUGAUUGAAAAUUGUGAUCGAAAAGGGGAUACAGUCUUUGCUAGCGGUGAUAUUUUGUAUUGGGAUAAAUUUGGAUAUUUAUAUUUUAAGGACAGAAGAGGCGAUACUUAUCGUUGGAAAGGGGAAAAUGUAAGCACAACAGAAGUUGAGGGGUUACUCCAUUCUGAACAUCAAUUUAUUGUUGAUACGUCUGUUUAUGGUGUUGAAGUACCUGGAAGAGAAGGACGUGCAGGAAUGAUUGCUAUUGUGUUGCAAGAUGGAACUGAUAUUGAGGAAUUUACAAAUAAAUUGGCAGUAAUAUUUACUGAACAACUUGCCUCUUAUGCCAUACCUGUCUUUCUUCGAUUUUGUGAUGGAAUUGAAAAAACGGGCACUUUUAAAUUAAAGAAAGGGCAGCUACAAAAUGAAGGUUUUGAUUUGGAAAAAUGUUGUGGUAAUCGUUUAUUUUAUUGGGAUACUUCUUUACAAAAAUAUAAAGAAUUGUCUAAAGAAAUACAAAAAGAUAUUGAAUCGGGGAAGUUUUCGAGUAUUUAA